UUGUGUGAACCCCAGACUGGAAUGAGACAGUGGAAUGGGAUGUCUGGCAAUCGAAUAAAAGGGGAGGGAGGAGUAAUUUCGCGCGUUGAACGGAUACCGAAUAAUUUCGAAGAGAUUCGCAAGUCACAGCGUCGUCUCGAGUAAUCGGGCAAAGAUCAUUAAGUAGGCGAAUCCGUCCAUCAAAGCCCGACGAGAUGUCCGUCAUGGGAAAGCCAGUACUCUACUCCUAUUGGCGGAGUUCUUGCUCGUGGAGAGUACGAAUUGCAUUGAAUUUGAAAGAAAUCCCCUAUGACAUAAAGCCAGUUAGCUUGAUAAAAAGUGGUGGAGAACAACAUUCUAAUGAAUUCCGUGAGAUCAAUCCAAUGGAGCAGGUGCCUGCACUUCAUAUUGACAAUCACACGUUAAUAGAAUCUUUAAAUAUCUUGCAAUACCUAGAAGAAACCAGACCACAUCGACCUUUAAUGCCUGCAGAUCCAGUAAAACGAGCAAGAGUCAGAGAAAUUUGCGAGGUUAUUGCUAGUGGUAUACAGCCCUUGCAAAAUUUAGUCGUGUUGAUUUAUGUUGGAGAAGAACGCAAGAAGGAAUGGGCACAACACUGGAUUACUAGAGGUUUAACAGCUGUAGAAAAAUUAUUGUCAUCCAGUGCAGGGAAGUACUGCGUAGGUGAUGAAAUCACAUUAGCAGACUGUUGCUUAAUACCACAGAUAUUUAAUGCAAGGAGGUUUCUCGUCGACCUACGACCUUUCCCAACGAUUUUAAGGGUAGAUCGUCAUUUAGAGAAUCACCCAGCCUUUACCGCUGCUCAUCCAAACAAUCAGCCUGAUUGCCCACCAGAGGCAACCAAGUAGCAAGCAAGGCAGACCACCCUCUUCCUCUUCUAAUUUAUUAGAAAUAGGAAGGGAGUGGUCCAAUAUGUUGUAGUUCUGUGGUGACAAAAGGUGAUGCAAUUUGAUUUUUAAAAAAGAUAUUAGCAUAUAAUUAUGUUAAAAUGAUAAUAAUAUACGCCCUAGUGUUGUAUAUUAAUUAAUUUUUAAUACCACAUGUUGUAAAUUGAAAUUUACGAAUACAACUAUUUCUUUUUUCUUAUCGUUUUCUAGGAUUAAAUUCUUUUGUUUAGUAGAAGUAUACACCUUUUAUCACUUAUGAACUACCUUUAGGUACCGAAAUGGUAAACAGUGGAACGUAGAGUAUCGAACUCUAUGAUGAUUUUCAGUUGUUUGUAAAACCGAAUUCCGUGAUAUGAUAUCUGUUUCGGGUGAAAAAACGCACUGUACCAUUUCUGUACUUAAUCAGAGGAUAAGAAUGUUGGCCUGUUUUUAUUUUUGUUAUAUUUUUUCAUUGGUUUCUAUAUACACAGAAUCAAAAUUAACAAAAUUUGUCUUCGUACAGUACUUACAAUUACUUUGUAAAACGUACUGACCUAUUAUAAAUAGGUUCUGUUGUCUGAAAUCAAAAGUUUACUUUUUAUACACUUACAAUAAUGUAAUUUUUCAGUUACUUUUAGCUUACUUAGAUUAAGGAGAAGUGUUGCUAUUAAAUAAUAUUAAAUAUAACUUGAAAUUCUUUACCGAGUAUAAAGUAGCAGAUUUAACAUCGCAGGUACACAUACUCACAUACAUACACAUUGAAUAAACAAAGAAAUAAAGAGGAAACGUGUAAUAAGGGAAUGCAAUCUGCUCAAACUCCGUAAUAAUAUCGAGGAAUGAAAAGUACAAAUCAAAUUCCUUUUUCUAAAGCUUUAUCUUGAGUAUGUUUCGUUUUGCUCCGUACUAUGUCAGUCCAUAAGUGAACAUUUUCAAAUAGUAGAUACGAGGUAAUUUCGAUUUUAUAUAUUUUUUUAAUGUUAAAAAAAUAGGAAGGUGUGCUCGAUUUUAAUAUGUCGCACAAGCUCGUCACGUGUGUAUUAUUAUUAAGAUAGAAUCAUUCUUUUCAGCGUUCCAUGGGAAAGAAGUUACAUUUUAAAAUCAUUCAAAAAUGAUUUUUCACUCGACUCUAUCAAACCGAUAGAAAACAAUAAUUAAAUAGAAAUUUCGUAGGAUACUUUUACGUUUCAAUAUUGAGCACCCUUUGGAACUUUACACUAUAUUUUCUUGCGAAGAGUAAUCUUUAUAUAGAGAUACAUUUUUUAUUGUAUCACCUAUAUUGUAUAACUUUGACAUAUUUUGUAGUUUUAUACACAAAUGAUACGUUUACUGUACAACAAGGUUCACACGAACAAAAGUCAAGACGAAACAGAAUCGCGUGGCAAACUUUAUCAAUAACUUCGGCAUUGUUCCUUAUUGCCGGGUUCCUUCUUGCCAUUACUUUCUACGGAAGUAAAAACUAUCCUUGAUUUAUAAAGAAAUCGUACGAUGGCAAAAAGUUAGUAAUUCGCAGUGUUUAAGAGAAUACCGUAUUAUGUAAGAACGGGAGGGGGUUGGGGGAACGUUUGUUUGCAUGCUUCUGUCAUGCAACGGUCUAUCACAUACAUAGAGAUAGUUUAUAAUUUAUAUUCUAACGUAAAGGAGGAGAAAGACGUAACAUACACUUCGUAUUUAGAUAUGUGCAUUAUGCAAACGUGUGAUUAGAUAAUAACAUAUGUAUAUAAUUUUUAUACAACAAAAAUUGGAAUGUUACACGCGGAAAACAGUUUCAGCCAUAUUUUCGAGAUGGCUGUUCAUACUGUGUCGACAAAUAUAUCGCAUGUCAUAUAUUACAAAGUUUAUAGAGCACGCAUAAGGAAAGGAUGCAAACAAGUGGUGCCCUUCGAGCGUAAUCGCACAAAAAAGAUUUUUAUUUCUUCGACGAUCUCUCUGUUAUCGAGGCAUGUAUCAUGGAACACUUCGAUCAAUGCGACGUAAGAUGCUAGUGGACGUUAAUAAAGUGUCGCGAUAGCGAGGAAGAGAGCCUAACUUUUCUUUGUAACUCUCGUGAUAUUUGUUACUCUUGUAAUAAUAAAAUAUCGGAGUAAGAGAAAUGGAUAAUUUUUAUGAAAAAUGUUUGGAGAGAAAGAGA